AUGGUUAACCGCUCCACGGGUAAAUCUCCUUUCAGUAUUGUUUUCACUAAAUUACCUAACUUGGCUCUGGAUGUAGCAGUUCUCCCUAAGUGCAAGUCCCUGCCGGCUUCACAGUUCACUGGACAGUACUCACGCAUGCUUGCAGAUGUCCACACCCAGCUUAAUAACGCCAAUCAGAAAUACAAAGCUGCCGCCGAUCUUCACAAACGACAGGUGCUUUUCAAGGUCGGUGAUCUCGUUAUGCGACCGGAGACAGCAUCCUCCCCUCCACCCCCGCCCCCUCCCCCUCCUCCUCCCCUCGCCUCCUCAUCUUCCUCAAAGAUCCUUGACGGUUCGCCGCCGGCCGGUUCUGUCACGACCUUCUUCCGCAUCCUUUGUUCGGACGCGAAAAUCGGCGGCGUCAUCGGCAAGUCGGGGAGUAUUAUCAAGAACAUCCGGCAAGACACUGGCGCUUGGAUUAAUGUUCACGACCUCGUUCCGGGAGACGACGAGCGGAUUAUCGAGACCGCGGAUAGCCGGCGGCGCGAGCAGGACGGUCGGCCGCCGCAGUACUCUCCUGCGCAGGAGGCACUUCUGCUUAUUCACGAGAGGAUCUUGGAUAUGGAUUUUGAAGAUGGAGAUCAGGACGAGGAGGACUAUGAAGGAGACGGCGGCAUGUGGGGAGGAGGUGAGAGGAGUAGGGAGAGGGGGCGCGUGACGACGAGGCUUGUGGUACCGAGGAUGCAUGUCGGUUGCUUGCUGGGGAAGGGAGGGAAGAUCAUCGAGCAGAUGAGGAAUGAGACCAGAACCCACAUUAGGAUCUUGCCGAGAGAUCAAUAUACCCCUAGAUGCGUCUCUAUGUCAGAAGAAGUUGUUCAGGUUUUUGGGGAGGGUAGUUGCGUGAAGAAAGCUUUGGUAAAUAUUUCAUCUCGUCUAAAGGAGAGCUUACAUCGUGAACGUGGUCCAUUUCGCGGACGAAUUCACUCACCAGAGGGCCAUUUUGUUCCUGAUGAUGACUUUAUAAGCAACACUCAUCAUCAACCAGCAUUUGAAAGAGGUGAUUUAGUACCUAUAACAUCUCUUGGUCCAACAAGAGCUAGAAGCAGUGUUUAUGGUUCAGAAAGCAAAUAUAUUUUUGAUCCCGAUGCCAAUGCAAUGAUUGAUCGUCCCCAAUCAUUUUCUAGUGAGGAUAUUGUAUUUCGCAUACUUUGUCCCAAUGAUAAAGUGGAGGCUAUUAUCGGCUCACCUAAUGGAAUCAGUGAAAUGCUUCAAAAUGAUGUGGGUGUAGAUGUGAGGGUUACUGAUCCAGUGGAAGGCUCAGAAGAACGGAUUAUUGUAAUCACUUCAGAUGAGGGGCCAGAUGAUGAGCUGUUUCCUGCUCAGGAAGCAUUACUCCAUGUUCAGACGCACAUUGUUGAUCUUGGUCCUGAUAAAGAUAAUGUUAUAACAACACGACUUCUCAUUCAGGAUCAUGAAAUUGGAUGUUUGGAGGGGAAAGAUGGAUCAUUAUCAGAUUUCCAGAGAUUGACUUGUGCCAAUGUGCAGGUCCUGCCAAAAGAAGAACUUCCUCUUUGUGCAUUUGAGACUGAUGAGCUCAUUCAGAUUGUUGGGGAGAUACGAGCAGCUCGAAAAGCUCUUGUUCAGGUAACUACAAAGUUACGUAGCUACCUGUAUCGAGAUAUUUCCACGCUUGAUGAUACGAUAGCACCUUCCUUUCCUGCCACAAGCCUUGUUGGUAAGGUUGUUGGACUUGAUUCUAGUUCUACUAGAAGUUUAUCUCGUGAAGGUUAUCAAGGAAGUGAUCCUCCCAUCGCAUCUUUUGAAAAUGUUCGUGCUUCAUCAGUAAAUUGGUCAUCAAAGGAUCUUGCAAUUGGUGCAAGCGGACCAUUGGAACCGGAGCAAAACUGCAUUAAUGAUAUUGGGAGGCAAAGCAGUUUGAAAAGAUUUAGUGCCUCUCUCGUUACCAAGAGUACCCUCGAGGUUGUUAUACCAGACGAUGCAGUUUCAAGUCUAAUUACAAAAUCAGGGAGCAAGCUUGCUCAGAUAAGCGAGAUGUCUGGUGCAACGAUGACCCUUCUUGAAGAUAGGCCUGACUCUAGUGAUAAGGUUGUUCAGAUAUCAGGAACUCCAGAGCAGGCUGAGAGAGCUCAAAGCCUGCUCCAGGGAUUUAUUCUAAGCUUAUUAUGACUUGUUGGCCUUUGCUAAAUAUGGUAGACCUCAAAGCCAGUAUUGCGUAUGCUGAAGAAUUGCUUGGAUGCAGCCAUUGGCUUUGCUCCUUAAGCUGACGAUCUUUAUUUCUCAUUUUUAAUUUACUUCUGAGGGCAUUUUGUAUAUCAAUUUGUAUAUCAAGUUACCGUUGCUUUGGAGCAAUAUCUUUCCUGUAGUUGUAAUUGUUGAAGGAUUUAGAGUUAGUGACAAUUAUCACUUUUUUUUAAAUUGGAUGUCAAUGCUUUCAUCAUUGCCUCGAAUUUGUUGAAGGUUCUCAUUUUAUUGAUUUAAUGAAAAAACAGUAUAAUCAUUUGUUA